AUGCGCCACCCGCCCCGGGCCCUUCCGCCGCGGGCCGGCGCCGAUGCUCGCCAGGCCCCGCCUCCCGCGCACAGCUGCUCUGGCUGGUCGGCGAGGCAGUGCGGACCUCCUACGAGGCGCCCCCGGGAUACUACCACAGGGCCGGCGGCGGCCGCCCGCCAGAGUUGGGGCGCCCGCCGCCAGGGGGCGCCGCGGGGCCUCCUUGGCGCCGCGUGCCAGAGGCCGAGGUGCUGUCCGAGAGCGGCCUGUCCUGGCCUCCUGCGCCAGGGCGGCGCCGCGAAGCGGGCCGUGGUCGCCUUCCGCGGCGCGUGCUUCAACUCCGAGGACCACAGGUGCAGGCGAGACUUCUGCGCCGGAUGGCUGGCCAAUGGGGGCAGCUACGUGUGGGCCGCCCUCUCCGACUGGAAGGCUCUCUAUGGCGCCCUGUACUGCCGAUGGACCUGGGCCGCUGCCCGGGCCUCGGACCGCGUCGACUACCUCGCGGCCGCGGUGCGCGCGGCCGGCGCCGCGGAGGCCGCGCUGCCCGGGCACGCGCUGCUGCUGACGGGGCACUCGCUGGGCGGGCUGCUGGCCCUCCUGGCCGCCGCGGAGGUGGGCCUCCCGGCCGUGGCCCUCGCGCCCCCGGGGGCGGCCCGCGCCGCCGCGGCCCACGGCCUGGAGUUCGGCGGCUCGGCAGGCUUGUGGAGCGUGUUCCACGCGUGGGACCCGGUGUACCAGGACGUGCUGGACGCCGGCCCGGCGGGCCUGGAGGUGCGGCGACGGGAUCCACACACAUCCGCCGCCGCUGGCCAGGCCCAUGCGGGGCCCAGGAGCUGUGCAUGCACCCCUGGCUUGGCCCUGCGGGGAGGCGCGUGCACCGCUCUUCCCGGGCCCAGCAUGUGGUUGGCUAGCGGCGCCAGCGGCGGUGUGGAGACGUGCAGAUCUUGCCGCCAUGUGAGCGACACCAAAAAACGGUGUCGUCUGCGCCGACAUUUGCGCGUGAGUUGCCCGCGCAUGCUCGCGUGGAAGCGCCUUCGUCUCCAACAAAGCGUUUCGCGCUGGCGGCUCGCGCAAGCCGCCGCGCAAGGUCGCUGUGCCAUCUCGCGUAAGACCCUUUUUUGA